AGGUGGCAAUGCCCUGCACGCAAUGACGGAAGUACUAAAUCGUAGAUAUCUCCGUCAAGUAGGAACUUUCAUAGCCGGUUUCCAUAAGUUUUAUAACAUUAGAGAUGUAUCUCCGAACACAACGUUAAGUAUGAAUUUAUUUCACGAGGACAAAGUAAAAAUUCCUUUUGGAUCCAAACACCUGGACGCGACUCUAUGCAUCCCUGCAGAAGCCUGCGAUGUGCGAACCGCAGUGGUUCUCACACACGGAGCUGGGGGAGAUAUGAACUUCAAACACCUGGUCUUACUCGCUGAAGUUCUCGCCUCGACUGGCUUACUGUGUUUGCGAUUUACAUGCAAAGCACUAAACCUCGUUUACAGGGUGAAGGCUUACCAUGCCGUUGUGGAAUAUAUACAAAACCUGGAGACGUUCACUUUCAAAAACAUUUUUCUUGGCGGCCGGUCGAUGGGCGCCAGGGCUGCUGCUGCUUUGGUAAAGCAGCUGGCUGAGGGGGCUGGUGACUCGGUGCGAGGCCUGGUCUGUCUGUCCUUCCCACUGCACCCUCCUGGACAGACGCACGCCCACGGCAAGCGCAGUGAGCACCUCCUGGCGCUGACCCAAACGCCCGUGCUCUUCGUGUCUGGAACCCACGAUGACAUGUGCCAGCGGGAUCUACUGGAAGACGUAAGAAAGAAGAUGAAAGUUGCAACUGCAGUGCACUGGGUAGAGGGAGGCAGCCAUGGCCUAGCUGUGAAGGGGAGGCCAGAGGAGGAAGUACUUCAGGAAGUGAACUCUGGAGUAACUGCCUGGAUUGUGGAACACAUCUGACGCUGCAUGAGCAUAGUCUUCUUUAAAGAUCAUUUUCAUGCUUUUUUGAAACAUGCUGUACAUAUUUAUGAGUCCUGGAAUAUGACAGCAGAUCUAAAGACACUUUGUGUACAUUUGUUUUGUUUUUUUUAAUGUUUUUUGUUCAAAGAAAUAAAGAGAAUAGUUUAUCUCCUG